UUGAACUCAGAAAUCUGCUUGCUCUGCCUCCCAAGUGCUGGGAUUAAAGGUGUGCACCACCACUGCCUAGUUUAUCUAAAGUAUUUUAAUCUGGUUAAAGUUUAUCGUUUGUUAGUGUAGAAGUUUAGCAUUAUCUGCUUUACUAUUGCAAACAGCUCCAUCAGGUUAAUGCCACUGUAUCACUCAUAUAAGAAACAUAUAUAUCAUGGAAAUAUGGGUAAUAUCCCGUGGGAAGAAGAGACUCCAAUACAGGCUCUCAUGGUAGGUCCGAGUUUCUUAAAGUGACUUCAAGAUUGCUUGUUGGAAGCUUGAGGUCUUAUCAGUUUCUGACCUGGGCAGCCCCUGUCAGGGAUGACAUUUCACCUGGAAUCUCAGUCUUGGCUCUUGAAUUCCCUGGCUCCCAGCCUUCCUGUAUAGGAAGAAUGUUUAGGCAAGAGGGUCUCUUCCCUCAUGGAGAGAAACUGAGGAGGCUGAGUGUUGGAACAUAGAUUGUCAGGAAAGCGAAUACUAGAAUCAGUUACCAUGUGAUUGUCUGGGUAGUGAUUUUUCUCCUUUGAAUGUCAUCCUUUGUCUGUGGAUUCGGCCACCCCUGAACUGGAAAAGCCUGAUAGGUUUUGAGAUAUGCUGUGUGUCCCUUUGCCAACCUACCUGUGUUGGGAGAUGUGCCCAAGUUCUCAAUUCUUGUUUGGGCUUCAACUGCUGUGAAGUUCCAUACACACACUGAUGAAUAUGGAGCUUUCUGAUGCGGGAAAUGAAGUCUUGCUGUUUGAUUUUAUUCCCUUGCUUUCUCUUUAUAAACUCAGCUGAGAAUGAGAGCACACCUAUCCAGAGACUUCUGGAACACUUCCUCCGGCAGCUACAGAGAAAAGAUCCUCAUGGAUUUUUUGCUUUUCCUGUUACGGAUGCAAUUGCUCCUGGGUAUUCAAUGAUAAUAAAACAUCCUAUGGACUUUGGCACAAUGAAAGACAAGAUUGUAGCUAAUGAAUAUAAAUCAGUCACAGAAUUUAAGGCAGAUUUCAAAUUAAUGUGUGAUAAUGCGAUGACGUACAAUAGACCAGACACCGUGUACUACAAAUUAGCCAAGAAGAUCCUGCACGCGGGCUUUAAGAUGAUGAGCAAAGAGCGGCUGUUAGCUUUGAAGCGCAGCAUGUCGUUUAUGCAGGACAUGGAUUUCUCUCAGCAGGCAGCUCUCUUGGGCAGUGAAGACCCAGCAGUUGAGGAACCUGUUCCUGAGGUUGUCCCAGUGCAAGUAGAAACUACCAAGAAAUCCAAAAAGCCGAGUAGAGAAGUUAUCAGCUGCAUGUUUGAGCCUGAAGGGAAUGCCUGCAGCCUGACAGACAGCACAGCAGAGGAGCAUGUGCUAGCCCUGGUAGAGCACGCAGCCGAUGAGGCUCGAGACAGGAUUAACCGGUUUCUCCCGGGUGGCAAGAUGGGGUACCUGAAGAAGCUUGGAGAUGGAAGUCUGCUCUACAGUGUGGUGAACGCAACUGAGCCUGAUGCUGAUGAGGAGGAGACACACCCUGUGGACCUGAGUUCACUGUCUAGCAAGUUGCUCCCAGGUUUUACAACAUUGGGUUUCAAAGAUGAAAGAAGAAAUAAAGUCACAUUCCUCUCCAGUGCCAGCACUGCACUUUCAAUGCAGAACAACUCCGUGUUUGGGGACUUGAAGUCAGAUGAGAUGGAGCUUCUGUAUUCCGCCUAUGGAGAUGAGACUGGUGUGCAGUGUGCACUGAGCCUGCAGGAAUUCGUGAAGGAUGCUGGAAGCUACAGCAAGAAGAUGGUAGAUGACCUCCUGGACCAAAUCACAGGUGGUGAUCACUCAAGGAUGAUCUUCCAGCUGAAGCAGAGGAGGAGCAUCCCCAUGAGACCUGCAGAUGAGAUGAAGAUUGGGGAUCCACUGGGAGAUAGUGGUGGCCCUGUUCUGGACUUCAUGUCAAUGAAACAGUAUCCUGAUGUCUCCCUGGAUGUGUCCAUGCUCAGCUCUCUCGGGAAAGUGAAGAAGGAGCUAGAACAUGAAGAUAGCCACUUGAACUUGGAUGAGACAGCCCGGCUCCUACAGGACUUGCACGAAGCACAAGCAGAGCGAGGAGGCUCUCGGCCAUCUUCCAACCUUAGCUCUCUGUCUACUGCCUCUGAGAGGGAGCAGCAUCCUCCAGGAAGUCCUUCUCGCCUUAGUGUUGGGGAGCAGCCGGAUGUCACUCACGACCCUUAUGAAUUCCUUCAGUCUCCAGAACCUGCAGCUCCUGCCAAGAACUAAUUUGUGGGGUUUCCAGAUGUUUUAUUUUAUUUUUCUACAUUUUAUUUGAUACAGUUUUUGUCACAAGACAGAAACUUUUGUCUCAUCCUCUCUGGCAAGUAGCAGCCCGAGGAAGAUGCUGGCUUGUCUGUACGGUCAUGUCUGCAGCAGAGGCCCAACAGCACCGAAUGGUGUCUAAUAAGUUCUGAGUAGUGGUAAUAGAAGGUAAACGGGUUGCAGUCAGAUGGUUCAACUGUGUGUCCUGAGCACCAGAAGCCAAGCCUUUUUAUGAUAAUGUGCACAUAGUCAUUCUACAUGAGUUUUGCACAGCCUUCCUGCAGUUCUCAAAGGGGAGCCUGCAGAAUAGGCCUUCAGAGGGUAUCUUCUGUUUUCUAUUUGGUCACUGAGCCAGAGGAUGGAAUUGUCUCCCUGACAAAUAAUGAACCACCCCACCUUUUAGAAUGAAGUAUUCAGAGUCAUAAAAUGUUUCAAAACUGGAUGUAUUUGCUGAGUACCUGUUUGUAUUUGCAAAAUACAUGAACGCAGGUCUUAAUAAAGA